AUGGCCACAGAGAAAUACUACAUCAAGGACGCAAUCAAGAAACCUGCGGUCCACCACGAGUCAUACCAGAAAUUGUGGGAGACGAAAUGGAAGGCGCCUUGCGAAAUGGGUGUCUACCCGUUCAUGUUUGGCACCAUCAAGGACUUUGAGCCCGUUGCGCAAGAAAUUAUCAAGAAAGGCCUGAAGGAGCCCUACGACUGGGACGAAUAUGCGCAGAUGUACUUCCCUAAAGCCGAAGAACUAGCCAAGAUUGCCGAAGAGGCAGAAAAAGCUGGUGAGAAAGAGAAGGCUUCAGAAUACUACCUGCGAAGUUCGGCCGUCUACCGCAUCUCACGAUUCCCUGCUCCUCGGUCGGAGCAGCAAAAAUAUGCCUGGGCGAAGGGAAAAGAAGUAUUCUACAAAGGCGCAGGCCUGAUGGAGCAUCCCAUCACCGAAGUCCGAGUUCCUCAUAAGCAUGCCAUUGAAGGCGAAGGCGACGUCGUGCCGAUCAACUUCCUCCUUCCAUCCGAAGCCUCCCCCGAGAAACCUGUUCCCUGCGUCUUUAUUAUUACCGGCCUCGAUGGCUAUCGGACGGAACUCGCUGUGUGGCAGCAAGGUUGGCGGUCGAAGGGUGUGGCCACUAUCAUCGCCGAGAUCCCCGGCACUGGCGAUUCACCUGCUCUUCCAUCAGAUCCCACAAGUCCUGAUCGUCAAUGGUCCAGUGUUCUGGAUUGGCUGGAGACACAAAAAGCCAUUGACAACAAGAAGAUCGUGGUUUGGGGGUUUUCGACAGGCGGUUACUACACCCUUCGUAUGGCGCAUACUCACAAGGACCGAUUACUGGCUUGCAUCAGCUUGGGAGGCGGCGCGCACCAUAUGUUUGACCGCGAGUGGUUGGAACAUGUGAACAAGUUGGAAUACCCUUUCGAUCUGGCCAACACACUGACGUACAAAUUUGGUUAUCCUGACUUGGAAUCAUUCAUCAAGGAUGCCGGCAAGUUCUCGUUACUGAACGAUGGGACCCUGGAGAAGCCAUGCACGAAAGUGCUGCUCGUCAACGGUAACAAUGACGAAAUCUUCCCGAUCGACGACAUGUUCGUCGCCCUGGAGCAUGGCCAGCCCAAGUUGGCCAGAAUGGUCAAAGGCAAGAAGCACAUGGGUGAGCCGGACAGUUUCUUCAUCAUCCUCAAAUGGAUCCACCAGCUGUUGGGAUUGGAUGGCAAUUUCAUGGACCAGAUGAAGAUGCUGCCUUCACGGACGAAGUACUAG